CACACCCACGGUCACACUGAUUACAAUGGCCGAGGCGAAUGUGGACAAAAAACCGGAGGUGAAGCCUCCUCCGGGCCUAAAGGCCAUUAUCGACCACUUGGUCCAGGUGUAUCCUGAGCAACCCAACCCGUUGCAGGUGACCACGCUGAUCAAGUACUGGUUGGGCGGCCAGGAUCCGCUGGACUACAUCAGCAUGUACAACUAUCCGGGUGAUGCCGACAGGAACAUUCCGCCGCACUGGCACUACAUCAGCUUCGGAUUGAGCGACCUGCAUGGCGACGAGCGAGUCCACUUGCGCGAGGAGGGAUCAACUCGCUCUGGGAUGGGAUUCGAGCUUACCUUUCGGCUGGCCAAAACGGAAUCAGAAUUAAAGCAGCAGAUCGAGAACCCGGAGAAGCCGCAACGACCUCCCACCUGGCCAGCAAACCUGUUGCAGGCCAUCGGGCGUUACUGCUUCCAGACAGGCAACGGCCUGUGCUUCGGGGACAACAUCCCAUGGCGCAAAAGCCUGGACGGCAGUACCACCUCCAAGCUACAGAGCCUUCUGGUCGCCCAGGAUCCACAGUUGGGUUGCAUCGAGACGCCGACCGGAACGGUAGACUUCUGUCAGAUUGUGGGCGUCUUCGAGGACGAACUAGAGCAGGCUUCUCGUUGGAACGGACGCGGAGUGCUCAACUUCCUGCGACAGGAUGUUCAAACUGGCGGAGAUUGGCUAGUGACAAACAUGGACCGCCCGAUGAGCGUCUUUGAGCUGUUCCCCGAGACCCUUCUCAACUUGCAGGACGACCUGGAGAAGCAGGGCUCCGAUCUGGCCGGCGUCAAUGCGGAGUUCACAUUCCGUGAACUUAAGCCUACCAAGGAAGUCAAGCAAGAGGUGGAUUUUCAGGCGUUGAGCGAAAAGUGCGCCAACGAAGAGAACAAUCGACCGUUGACUGAAACGCAAAUGAAGCGCGAGGAGCCGAGCUUCCCGCAGUCCAUGUCGAUGAGCAGCAACUCGCUGCACAAGUCCUGUCCACUGGACUUUCAGCCACAAGCGCCCAAUUGCAUCUCUCUAGAUGGAAUUGAGAUUACCCUGGCACCCGGUGUGGCCAAGUACCUCCUGCUGGCCAUCAAGGAUCGCAUCCGACAUGGGCGUCACUUCACGUUCAAGGCGCAGCACUUGGCACUUACGCUUGUGGCGGAAACCGUGACGGGGUCAGCGGUCACUGUCAGCGAACCCUAUGGAGUGCUGGGUUAUUGGAUUCAGGUUCUGAUCCCCGACGAACUGGUGCCGCGACUGAUGGAGGACUUCCGCAGCGCGGGCCUCGACGAGAAUUGCGAGCCGAAGGAAAGGUUGGAGCUGGAGUGGCCGGACAAGAACCUAAAACUUAUCAUUGACCAGCCGGAACCCGUGCUGCCCAACGUUUUACCCAUGUCCCUCGAUGCGGCUCCUCCAAAAAUAUGAAGCUGUCGGGCGGCUAGCUAGUAUUAUUAUAAAUUAAUCGAAUUGAAUCUUCCACUAACAAGUAAGUUUUACAUUUAUACAUCGCUCAUCUAACACAAUGCACGUGGCCUUUGCUCCGCGCCGGAGUUCAGUCAAAAUAUACAAAACCAAAACCA